UAAAUAUCUGGAUAUAGAGCAACAGUAUCGAACGCCGUAGCCUGUUCGGAUUUGGCGCGGAAUCCCACCGGUUGUGUUUUAAGUGCUAUUUUAAUGAUCUGAGUGAUUUGAGUGCCAAAAUGGGAUAUAAGGGAUUGUUUUUUGUUUUUCUCGCAAUUGGAUUAAGCAGUGCGCAAAUAAGCAAAGUGUGCGUGCCGACAUCAGACUCGAUACGCUGUCAGAACCUGGACAAGGAUGGCAGCCAAGUCUCCUGCGAGCCUGUCUCUACAAGAGUGGAGUGCGCAGCCAGGCUGGUGCGAGGGGCGGCUGACUUCGGUGUGUUUUCUGACGAGGAACUGCUCCUCUUGGCGCAGCAGUCCAACGACCUUCGGGUGGUGGCCACCGUCAGAGACGUGAACAGACAGGAGCCAUACUCCUUCGAAGCUGUAGUGGUGGUGCCCAACAACCACACGAACGGUUUCGCUGGUCUGCAGAACGGUCGCUACUGCCACCCUGGAUUCGGAGUGGCUGACAUCCGCUGGUCGCCGCGAGUGUUGAGGGCUAUGGAAGUCGCUGCCGCCCGCACCGACCGCUGCGAAGGAGACGUGGGCUCCAGAACAGCUGAAGAGAUGGAGGUGACCACCCUCAGCAACUUCUUCUCCGAAGCCUGCCGCCCUGGACCCUGGAGCGCCAAUGCUACGCUCGAUGCGAACCUUAAGAGCCGUUUCCCCAACCUUUGCGCUAUGUGCUCCGCUCCCGGCGUGUGCGCAGGCUACGACGCUAGCGCCGCCGUCAGCGUGGCAGGCGUGUUAAACAGCAACAGGCACAUCCAGGCGCUAGACUGCCUUACUACCAACGGAACAGUGGCGUUUGUCGCUUGGCAGCACGUCAGGGAGUUCUUUACCUUGCGCAGUCCCCAGUUCGCAGCUACCCACAGCAUUCUCUGUGAAGACGGCUCCCUCGCCCCCCUCACCACAGAGGCUCUGAACACCCCUCUGUCGCCUUGUUCUUUGGUGAAGCAGCCGUGGAGUGCUGUUGUUGCUAGAAGCGCCGUAGCAGAGACCGUAGCGAGCAACCUUCGCACGUGGUGGCCUACUGGCGCGGACUUCGGCGCCAGCUCGUGGCAGACCAACCUGUUCGCAGUCCUGGCCGGAGGCGCCAACUGGAACUUGGUGCACGAAACUAACCUGGUCUCACCCGCCAACUACACUGGAGCAAUCCGCAACAUUCCCAGCAUCGACUCGGCUCCGUCCUGCCUGCCAGCCCGUCGCUGGUGCACCGUCUCCACCCUAGAACAGACCAAGUGCACCUGGGUGCGGAACGCGGCGCAUUCCCUGGGCAUCCAGCCCCCCAUCUCCUGCCAGCAACGAGCGAGCGUGUUCGACUGUUUGGAUGACAUCAGGGAAUCACGAUCUGACUUCUUUUCGGUGGAUUCGCAUUACGGAUAUUUGGCUAGACGCCACUACAACCUGUCCCCCGUGAAGCUGGUCCAGAACAGCCGCGGAGCCUCCUCCCGGGUGGCCACCCUGAUCAAGUCGUCCGCCGCAGAGAACAUCACCCGCUUCGAGAACCUGAGGGAUAGAGUCGCUUGCUUCCCGGAAUACGGCAGCAUUGCGUACGUGGCGUUCCUCCGAGCGGCCCAAGACCGCGGCGUCAUCAGCUCCACGCAGUGCAACUACCAGCGCGCGGUCGGAGAGUUCUUCAGUGGCGCGUGCGCACCGGGCGCGCUGCACCACUCGCACACCAUCUCCGACGCCUCGGACACAGAGACAACAGUCAUCAGCUCCACGCAGUGCAACUACCAGCGCGCGGUCGGAGAGUUCUUCAGCGGCGCGUGCGCACCGGGCGCGCUCCACCACUCGCACACCAUCUCCGACGCUUCGGAC